AUGAACCCGCGACUGCGGCAUUGGCGAGAGGCGGCUACGCUGCUGCUGGCGGCCGGGAGCGGGUCACCGGCCCGGGCGGUGCGGUCUCCGCUACGCCCUUUUGACUACGAGAUGCUGCUGCUGCAGCGGAGCCCUCGGAGCAGCUUCCUGCCCAGCGCCCACGUCUUCCCGGGCGGCCUGCUGGAGGCAGCCGACUUCUCCGCUGACUGGCUGGGGCUGCUGCCCGCUUUACCCCGCUGCGGGCUGGGCUCUGUGCGGCCGUCGCCGCCGGGCGGUAACCGAGCUCCGGUCUUCGCCACCGACCGGGCUGGCCUUGGCUCGCCGCUGCCGGGGGACGUGGCCUUCCGCAUCUGCGCCAUCCGGGAGACCUUCGAAGAGGCGGGCAUCCUGCUGCUGGUGUCGGGCCCCGGCCCCGCCUCUGAUCCCGGCCCGGCCCGCUUGCUGCCUCAGCACCACCUGCCGCCGGGCCCGGAGCUCGCCGAGUGGCGGCGACGGGUGCAGCAGGACCCGGCCUGCUUCCUGCAGCUCUGCCGCUACCUGCGCUGCGUCCCCAACAUUUGGGCGCUGCAUGAGUGGGGCAACUGGCUGACUCCGGUGCCCAGGGCUGGCCGGGGUGACCGGCGCUACGACACUGCCUUCUACCUGUGCUGCCUUGACGAGCGGCCUCUGCACACGUCGCAGGACGAGCAGGAGGUGACAGGCUUCCAUUGGUCAACCCCUCCAGAAGCUAUUGAACUCUUUAAGGCUCAAGAAAUAUGGUUUGCUCCACCUCAGUUCUAUGAAUUAUGUAGGCUGUGCAACUUUACUUCACUUUGUGACCUGCAUAGGUUUGGUUCUGACCGUGCUUUAGAAGGGUGUGAACGUUGGAUGCCCGUUACUUUGGCUGCUUCAGAUGGCUACAUUCAGCUGUUACCAGGAGAUGAGCUGUAUCCGAAAGAUCCAGAUUAUACAGGAGAAAAGAAACUUUUUUUGUCAACAGAUAAGAAGGUUGAAGAGCUAAUGAAAGAAGACAGUAAGCUUCACCGAGUUGUAAUACAAAACCUUAACAAUCUUACUGUCCAUGUUAAUAUCCAACCAAAAUAUAAACACAUCAAUCCACUAAAGAUGGACUCUAAUAUAGUGGGAAGCAAUGCAGAUUGCAAUAGCAGACUAUAAUAUGCCAUCUCUUUUAAAUUCAGUAUGUAUCAAAUUUUAUAUAUUUUUAUUUUAGUGCAGUUAGUCCUUUGUGACAGGUGCUAAGUGGUUAGCCCUGGAGGCUUAAGUCUUCAUUUGCGAAAGAACAGGUUAGGUACAUCAUGGGCAUCAACAGUACAAGCUUCUUUAUGUUGCCAUGCCAGUGUAUCUCAAACAAGAUCAGGAGAGGCUACUUUGGGUAAGAGGAGGGUUCAGACUUCAUAUAUAUUUAAUGCUUUGAAACUGAACAAAUGUGCCAGUUGUGAUGUGGACACAUGCCCACUGAGAACUUGAUGUAAACUACCAACUUAAUUCAUGUUGUUCACCAAAGAGCCAUUAUAUGGUAAUGAUAUUUGGCCAUUGCCAAUUUAUGUAAUAAAAGUGACUAGUCUGUAACCCAUGUCCCUUGAACAAUUCAGUUCCCUUUUCUCAUUGAGUACUGAAAUAUUCUUGUCAUGCUCAGAAUUUAGCUAGCUCUUCUAUUUUGCUUCCAAAAGAUAUCUUUUAGAUGACACUAUGUUAAUGUGUCUAGAAAUGUAAUUGAAGGAGUUUUCCAUUGUAUGACUGCAUUUCCUACUCUCAUCUUUGGGAAUCUCAACAUGUGUUCAUUAAGUUAAUUUAUUUGCCAACAUUAUUUUGUUUUUAAUUGUUUAACAAAUGUUUAUUUUCAGUAGUUUUAUUUGUAUUACUUAAGGUGUACUGAGGGUUGAGAGAUUUAUUCCCUUUAAAAUUUAAGUUUAUUUCCAAAUUAAGAACGAACUAUCAAAGGACUGGUUUGACAGCAGUCAUUCCCUUUAUUUAGUACCAUAUUUACUUUAAGUGAAAGAUUUCAACAACUUAAAAGAUGAAAAUACUGUUUACUGUAUAGUUCUGAGAAUACAGAAAUUAAUGUUACUGCAUAUAUCAGUAUGAACAACUGAAGAGGAAAAUGUAGAGCCCUGAAAACAUUACUGUCCUACCUCAAACAUCCCACAUUUGCUCCUUGACUAUUAUACUGGUGGUAUCUUGCCUUGCUAUCUUUGUCUCAUGGUGUGGGAAUACAGCUCACACAGCUCCCAAACUGUUGUUCAUCUCUGCUACUUUUCUUUUACAAGUGGAGUUUUCAGAGCAAGACCCAGUGAUAUGAGAUCUACAUAAAGGUGCUCCAUGUUGUACAUAGAAGGGAGAAGAGAGGAUAAUUAGGGGCUAGACCCUAGGUAGUAGAGCUCGCCAGGUAACAACAGUUCCAUUUCAUGACAACUUUUGAGGUUUCAAAUUUUGGUUUUGUUCUGCAUUGGAACAAAACUAAAACUUUUUGAACAAUUUCACAAACAGAAUUGUUGAAACAUCCAUUUUCAGAUCAAAAAGCUCAGAUUUUCAAAUUGUAAGUGACUGGGGAGUCCACCCGGGAUCUCUGAGACCUUACCAUCAAACUUAAUCAAAAUCAAUAAAUCUCUGUGAAACAGCAUAUAUUGACAAAAAAAAGUUGAAACCACCUCUGCUAGACAACAAAAAGACGACAAGAAGAAGAAGGAAAAAGUGGCAAUUGGGAGAUUUUGUGGGUUAGUAUCUCAUGUUAUUUCAGCUCUUAACCACUGCAGUAUUAGGAGAAUGAGGGGUACAACAUGCUUCUGUUCUGUUGUUUGCGUACGUGGUCACUUAAAUGCCCCAGCUUGAGCUUGUUUUUUAAACUUUUGUUUAGCCACUAAAAAUGGCAAAAGUCUUCAUAGCUAAAUUUUCAGGCAGUGAACUAAUAGCUGUUUGUUUUUACUAGCAUUACAUUGAAAAUAUAUCUGUAAAAUAAUGCAAAAAUGCUGAAAUGGUUAAUUUUUAUUACUUAGUUGUGUUACAUAUAGACUACAAAUAAACCUAAGUAAAUAGCAG